GCCGUCUCGCUCUCACACGAACGGUGCGGCGAAAAUGCUGUGCGCGAUUUCGCCCCGAGCGAGCGAGCGAACGCGACGCACUCAUUUUUUCCCUGUCUUCUCGCAAAGCAAGAGCGAUUCUACCCACGGCAGCCAUCUUUAUUUUGGAAACGUGAAUUUUUGUCAGCGUGAAUUCAAGAGCAAUAAUUGUACCACUGUCCGUACCCGUGUGGAGUGGUGGACAGGCCUAAACCGAGACGGCUACCAUCGAUACGCACUUUUGGCACCAGCAUUAGGUGCCACUGCGAACGCAAAAACGUGCCGUAAAGUGAUUACAGCAUCAGCGGAGAGACAAUUGCCAUAGGAGAAGAAGGAAAAGCCAAGCGGAACGGAUCGAAAUAGCCAAAAGGGGCAGAUUAUUAGUGUGUUCUGGCUCUGCGGCGGCUGUGUGUGCGCGCGCUAGUGUGUGCGUUCGUUGUGUGCGAGCUGUGUGGUGUUCGAUCGGCAAGAACGGAAAGUGGAAGUGCGCCAAUGUGUGUUUGUUUGCCUCCGUGCGCUGCUGCAUCACAGAACAGAAGCAGUUUUUUCGCAACGCAUCCCUUCAGUUUGGCGUGAUAACGGGCAGACCUUUGGUGCGAAGAAAGGAAGCAGCACCCGUACGGCAGCAUGCGGGAAGAAUAAAAGCACGCACAGUUGAAGGGAUUCUCUCUUCUCGCUGCUGGUGUGCGAGAAGGAAUUACACGCACAUAAUAACGAAGCAUGUUUUGAGGUGGUGUGCGUGUGUGUGGUGCGUGCAUAGAAGCCGUUCUCGUUGUGCCGCCUGCUGUGUGCUGCCGUGCCGUUCUGACUCGUCCGUCGUACGUACGCGGAGCAACGUACAGCGUAUAUAAAGUACUCCUUCUUCCUCCGGUCAGGUUCAUCGCAGCAACCUGCAUCGGGAGCAUAAAACGGGGAAUGUUGUCAUUAGCGGCGCUACGGACCGAGAACUAAAAAUACUAGCGCUAAGAACGCCGCGCCAUACCAGGAAUAGAACGCUUUUGGCUGAGUGUGUGUUUUUUCUUUCGGCGGUACAGAGAUUAAAAUAGUGUUUUUAACAAAAUUGUGUGUCGGGGAAAGCAUUUAACGCCUAGCAAACACACAGACACACACACAAUCACACAUAUCGAAUCCUGUCGGAGGUGCACAAAGGAGGAGACCUACACACAAACAGCAGCUGUCGUCGCCGUCCGUCAGCGUCGCAUGUGUGUGUGUGUGUGCGUAGAAGAAUAAAGGAUUAAAGCCUGCGCCUAUAUUGUAUGUGGUGUGUGCGUACCGCUUUCCUGCUGAUCGUGUGCGUGUGUUGGUGUGAAGGACACGGCGCUGCUGCCACUACGUGCAGCAGAAGGAAGGACGGUUUGCUCUGUCGGUGUCGCAAGGCGAACAGGCGAAUUUCGCGCUGGUGGUGGUGGCCGGUGUGUAGUGCGCUGGAGUCCCGUGCACCGGAAGUACCGGGGCUGCCUACUACUACGACGACGACGGGAAGGUGAAGCGAAACGCCGAUCUGAUGAUGUCCUCCCACCAUCACCAUCACCACCAUCCGCACCAUCACCAUCAUCAUCAUCAUCACGAUAACAUUAUGUCGGAGGUGGAGGUGCCGGAUGCGAACAUCGUGGAGGUGGUCGACGGAAGCGCCAGCUUCGGUACGGAGAUAGACUACGAUCAGUAUGGUGGCGUAGACGGCCACUACGAGGAGGUAACGUGCGAAACGGAAGACUCGCAAGGGUUGAUGGGUCACCAUCAUCUCCACCACCAUCACCACGGAGACGAUGACGAGGAGAUACUGCACCACGAACCGGACAUCGGGCAGGCGGUGCACGAGGAGGUGCUGGAUUCGUCCGGCGAUGCAAUGUGCGUGUACGGGGACAUCAAUCUGGAGAACGAAAUCUACAUCGAGUCGGCAACGACGACUACCAACCCGGGACCGUCCUCCCGCAAGCGAAAGUCACUGAAGCAAUCGCGGAGUAGUGGUAUCCGGGGUAACGAUAACCAUAGCAACCAUCAUCACCACAGUCACCAUCACCACGGGCUCACGGCGGUGGAGCAGCUGGACGUUACGCACAAGCGGCGCCGGUGGGAGCAGAAGCAGGUACAGAUCAAAACGAUGGAGGGCGAGUUUAGCGUAACGAUGUGGGCCUCCGGUACGGACGAUGACGAUGGGUCCAAUCCGGAAAUAGACCCCGACUACACGGAGUACAUGACGGGGAAGAAGAUUACGCCCGACUGUGACACCAUACCCGGGAUCGAUCUGUCCGAUCCGAAGCAGCUGAGCGAGUUUACCCGACCGGCACACAAAACGAAAGCCAGCAGUGCCGGCAAACUGUCCUCGUCCAGCAGUAGUUCCUCCUCGAACGUGCUAUCGGCGGAUAUUGGAGGUCCGGCCAGCUUCAUACUGGGCGGCGGUAGUGGCGGCGCUGGUGGUGAUAGUAUUAGUAGCAGCGGCAAAUCAUCCGACGUGUCCGAUCGUAACAUUGCCUGCCCGCACAAGGGCUGCACGAAGAUGUUCCGUGAUAAUUCGGCGAUGCGGAAGCACCUGCAUACGCACGGGCCGCGGGUACACGUGUGUGCCGAGUGUGGCAAAUCGUUUGUGGAAAGUUCGAAGCUAAAGCGCCACCAGCUGGUACACACCGGCGAAAAACCAUUCCAGUGCACGUUCGAGGGUUGCGGUAAGCGGUUUUCGCUCGAUUUUAACUUGAGGACGCACGUGCGGAUACACACAGGCGAUCGGCCGUACGUCUGUCCGUUCGAUGGAUGCAACAAGAAGUUUGCCCAGUCGACCAACCUCAAAUCUCACAUUCUAACGCACGCGAAAGCCAAGCGGAACAGUAGCAGUAGCAGCAGCGGUGGAGGUGGUGGCGGCAGCAGUAGCAGGAACAGCCAGAGCCUCAUGCAAACGGCGUCACCGCAUCACACGGGCUCGGGCGGUAUACUACCCCCGCAGGCCUUCGUCAAGAUGGAGUCGGUCGAGAUCGACAAUGAUGCGUCGCAGUACAUCAUCUACACGGAUUAAACGGGGCACGGUCGUCGUCGUGGGUCGCAAGGCCAUCGGAUAUGCCCCAUUUUGCCAUUUCAUCAUAGUUGACGGGCGUCACAUCUCUCGGACCGGGAGAUCGUCGCCGUGAGAAUACCGAAAGCAUAUGCUGCCUGAAGCGGGCUGAUCCGGUACAGGAAGCAGAAGUGAAUGAAUUUAAUUAGGGCCUCACACCGUUCAAUCAGUGUAUUUGAUUUCUAGCAGCACACACACAACCUUUAGCUUUUGUUGUAAUGAUUUUAGAUCGCCAGCCCACCCCAGCCCCAUUUCAAGAAGCUUUUUUUUAAACAAAUCACUGUACAAGAAGAAGCUUACUGUGGGCAGCAUUUCGCAGUAGAGCAGCCCCGGCCACAGGAGCAAAAGAGUCGUAAUAUCUUGCACUAUUUGUCGCAAGCAGAUAUACAUAGAAGAAGCAAGUACACGUACAUAUAUGAGGCAAAGUCAUUUUUAGUGUUGUAAGAGAUCCAAUGAUUUGUUUUUUUUUUCUCCUUUUGGCUGUAUUAAGAAGCAUCCUUAAUUCUCAUUGUACAUAAUCCCAGAAACAAAAAACAGCCUCUAUGCAUCUAUCCCGAACACGUUUGAUAUGGAAAGCGAGAGAACGUGUAACACACCGUGUUUUAUAUAUGUUGCAUGUGUAUAAUAGGUAAGGUUCUUCAUACAAAACACUUCAUCUACAUACGCAAACAAGCAGCAGGGAAAGAAGCUUAAGCAAGAGAGAAUAGUUUAUGUACAAAAACGCAAACCCGUUUGUAAAGCGUCCUAAGCGAGGAGGUCAACAGUCAGUCAGAACGCCCCGGAAUGUGUACGGCUUACGGUACGGAGAGAGGACGGAAGCAGAAAGCUAAUAUUGUAAAUAGAGAAAAGUCUUCUACGAAUGAAAGAGAGAAGAUGCGGUGUGGUGUAAUAGGAAAGUCCUGCUUUUGUUUUUUGGUAAUCGAUCAUCGGUUCCGUUCGAUUCGAUCAGUUUGGUUUGGUGUAUCAAUGGCUGCAAGAGCGCGCAGUAAAGUGUGCAAGAAAGAUAUAUACUUUUGCCAGUAAGAGACAGUAGAGGGUAUCUAAUAUGAUAAGCUGGAUCAUCAUCAUCGCUCCAGGGCAUCCCCCACAAUUGGCAGAACUCAUUUCAUCCUUCAUCAACUAAUAUCCAUCGUAGAAGCUUUUUAAUAGUUUUUUUUUUCGAAUUAUUCCAUGUAUUUCUUUUAUUACUUUUUUAUUAUUUUUGUACACAUGAACUUCAUUCUCAAAAAAAAAAAAACCCUCGGCGAACUGCUAGUACGCGUCGCUGCGUCCGCGCCCUCUAUACAAUACGUUUAAUUACAAAUGUGUUAAUAAUAUUAAUGGUACAGUAGUCGCAGAGAGAGACAGAGAGAGGAACCUAAAGUACAGAUAUAGAAUACACACACGCGUGAAUAGUGCAUCAAUCAGGCAGAAAAGUGUUCCAAACAAGCAAAUCCUGUGCCCGAGACUAAUGAGACGAGGAUAAGAGAGAGAGAGAGAGUGUUUUGAAUUAUACGAAGACCCUCCCAAAGGCACACACACAGGAAGAAAGAUAGCAAGAGCGAGAGGGUCCUCUAAAGGAAAGUCGGGUACUUUUCAGAAAUAAAAUUUUCAAGAAAACAGG